AUGGCGCGCGCAAGGGGCAAGAAGCGCGCGGCUGCUGCUGCGGCGGACGCCGGCGGCUCCAGCCAGACGGACCCGGCGGCGGCGCGGGGCCGGCCGAAGCGCGCGAAGACGGAGCCCAAGCCCAAGCCCGAGCCGGAGUACUUCCCCGAGCCGCGGAACCUGUACGUGUGGGUCGUACUGAAGCACAUCCACUGCAUUGGUAGCGAUUGUGGUGUUCCGAAGCUCUUUCCCGAGGAUCUUUGGUUGUCGGCUUUUCCUAUUGGGACUGAGUGGGAAAAUAUCGAUAAGAUCAAGGAGUUCAACUGGAACUUUGAAAAUCUAGAGAAAGCUCUAGAAGAAGGAGGAAAGCUUUAUGGGAAGACAGUUUAUGUAUUUGGCAGCACUGAGCCUCAACUGUUGGAUGUCGAUGGUGAAUCGAAGAUAGUACUUAUUCCUAUCGUAGUUGCUGUUGAUUGCCCUUUCCCUCCCUCGGAUAAAAUUGGUAUAAAUUCUGUCCAAAGGGAAAAUGAAGAAAUCGUACCAAUGAGGGCUAUGAAGAUGGCCUGGGUGCCCUAUGUUCCGCUGAACGACCGGCUCAGCAGGAUGGAAAGUUUGAAAACAAAAAUAUUCACUCUUGGCUGCACCCAGCGAAGGUCUGCGCUGAAGCAUCUCAAAACUGAGCGAGUCAAGAAGUUCGACUACUGCAUGCCUUACUAUAUGCCACUUAGUCCUCCUGAAGAUGAAGAUGAUACUGUUGUCAAUAUCAUGUAUCCUCUAGAACCUCCGAUUGUUUGCGACUUUGACUGGGAAAUGGAUGAUUAUGAGGAUUUCAUUGAUGAAAAAGUUAAAGACGAGGUUCUGCCAGAGGAUGAGAAAGAAAAAUUCAAGGACUUCAUAAAGGAGAGAGUUAGAGAACGGAAGAGAGAGCUGAAGCAGGCCAAAGAAGCCAGAAAGAAAGCCAUCGAUGACUUGGAUCCCAAGUUGAAAGAGGCAAUGCAGAAUAUCAGGUUUUACAAGUUCUAUCCUGUAAAAACCAAGGAUACUCCUGAUGUAAGCAAAGUACAGGCGAAGUACAUCAACAGAUAUUACCGCCAAGCACAUGAACUGCUGUGAUGUGCAACCUCACACAUUCAGUGAGCACGAUCAAGCCUUAAGCUAUCCAGCCUGAAUGGAUAGCACUGCAAAUUUUGGAAGAUGGAGGAGAUCUGCUUGGUUGGGCAUACUCAGUUCUGGUCGGAUAACUUGGUUGUGCCCGUAGACUCCCUCCAAUCCUUAGAGCACCUCUUCCCUCGGCAUUCUCUUGUGCAUUGCGAUUUGUAACAUUCUGGGAGGUUGUUGUAGCCAUCAGACAGUAGAUCUUGUAAGUGCAGAACAAGUGUUGUAGGAACGGUUUGUUCCCUUGUUUUUAUUCACUACAGUAUAGCUUAUGCUCUAUUACUGUUUGGUUACCUUUGGUCGGAAUGCUAGUUUGAAAAGAUGAGAUGCCUAUAUAUUUUGAUG